AUGCUCCGUUCCCGCCUAGCGGCGCGAGCCCUGAACAAGGCCAUCAUCCAGCCGCUGUCAGGUAUCCCGCGCCCAUUGAUCUUCCGUCCUACUCUUCCUGCCCUCUCCUGUGGACAGAAAGCGCCCUCAAAUGUUAGACAACAGGCUACCGCUGCGACAGUUUCAACAAACGAGGCCGAGAAACACAACCUAUCCUUCAAUGAAAAGACCGAGAAAGAAUGGAGCCAUGUUCAGCUCCUCGUCGACCCUCGCCAUAGCAAAAUGGACGAAUCAUUCAUUGGUAUGACAGGAGGAGAGAUUUUCCAUCAAAUGAUGAUCAGACACAAUGUGAAACACAUUUUCGGCUAUCCGGGCGGUGCGAUUCUCCCCGUAUUCGACGCCAUCUAUAACUCCAAACAUUUCGAUUUCGUCCUGUCGAAACACGAGCAAGGAGCGGGCCACAUGGCCGAGGGCUAUGCCCGUGCGUCUGGGAAACCCGGUGUUGUUCUGGUGACAAGCGGUCCUGGUGCUACCAAUGUGGUCACGCCGAUGGCCGAUGCGUUGGCUGACGGAACGCCGAUGGUGGUCUUCACGGGACAGGUCUCAACUACUGCCAUUGGAAGCGACGCUUUCCAGGAGGCUGAUGUGGUUGGGAUAUCGCGAGCCUGCACCAAGUGGAAUGUCAUGGUCAAGAGCGUGGCGGAGUUGCCGAAGCGAAUCAACGAGGCCUUUGAGAUCGCCACAAGUGGACGACCGGGCCCUGUGCUGGUCGAUCUCCCCAGAGACAUCACGGGUGGUUGCCUUCGGAACGCCAUCCCCACGGAGUCGACCCUUCCUCCCCUGACAAGUGCCGCUGCUCGCCAGGCGGUGGAGUUACAUAAGAAGCAGCUGGAUGAAUCUCUUCGGAGCGCGGCCGAGAUCAUCAACAAGGCUGAAUCUCCCGUGAUUUUUGCCGGCCAUGGCAUUAUCUGGUCUGAAGAUGGUCCGAAGUUGUUGAAGGCUCUGGCUGACAAAGCAUCUAUCCCUGUCACCACUUCACUUCACGGCCUCGGGGCCUUCGAUGAGCUUGACAAAAAGUCCCUCCAUAUGCUGGGAAUGCAUGGGUCUGCCUAUGCUAAUAUGGCCAUGCAGAAUGCAGAUGUCAUUAUUGCCCUCGGUGGCCGCUUCGACGAGCGUGUCACCUGCAACGUGGCCAAAUUUGCCCCCAAGGCUCAUGCUGCCAGUAAGGCGGGACGCGGCGGCAUUGUCCACUUUGAAAUCAUGCCCAAAAAUAUCAAUAAAGUCGUCCAGGCGACCGAGGCCGUCGAGGGUGAUGUGGGUGCCAAUCUAGGACUUUUGAUCCCUCAGAUUAAGGAAAAGUCCAUGUCGGACCGCAAGGCCUGGUUUGACCAGAUCAACGAGUGGAAGAAAAAGUGGCCACUUUCCGCGUAUGAGAAGGCUGAGCGCUCCGAGUUCAUUAAGCCGCAAACCCUCAUCGAGCAGUUGAGCAGCCUCACCGCCGACCGCAAAGACAGUACUUAUAUCUCGACGGGCGUCGGGCAGCAUCAGAUGUGGGUUGCUCAGCAUUUCCGUUGGCGUCACCCCCGCACCAUGAUCACAUCUGGUGGCCUUGGGACGAUGGGUUAUGGCUUGCCUGCAGCAAUUGGGGCCAAGGUUGCCAAACCUGAUGCCCUUGUCAUUGACAUUGAUGGUGAUGCGUCUUUUUCAAUGACUCUAAAUGAGCUAUCAACUGCCUCGCAGUUUGAUAUUGGGGUGAAGGUCAUUGUCCUGAAUAAUGAAGAGCAGGGCAUGAUUACGCAAUGGCAGAAUCUCUUCUAUGAAGACCGUUACGCUCACUGCCACCAGAUGAACCCCGACUUCGUUGAGCUUGCGGUGUCCAUGGGCCUCCAGGCCCGCCGGGUGGUAAAGCCUGACGAUGUUGUUGACAGUCUGAAGUGGCUGAUCGACACGGACGGACCAGCGCUGCUCGAGGUCGUGACUGAUAAGAAGGUGCCGGUGUUGCCAAUGGUCCCUGGAGGGUCAGGUCUGCACGAAUUCAUUACGUGGGACAGUGAUCCGUGGAAAACACAAAGUUUGUUCCAGACCGGCGGAAAACUUUAUACAAAGUCACACGAGCGGCAGUUCGAUGGGAAUUCGGGAUGCCUCAACUUCAACAUUCACAACAAUUCAACAGACCAGAAUCGCAUUGUCCAAGGAAAGCUGACCCCAAAGGUGAGCUACCUAUGGGGAUGUCCCAUCAUGGCCAUCACCUCCUCUCCAGUAGAGGGUAUCGUAGGUGGCUACAAGGGCAACAGCUUUGCCAUUCAAGGCACCUUGAUCGCGUUUCUAAGCUGUGCCAUGUUCAGCGCCCUUGAAGUUCUCGUCAUCGCCCUGACCACUUUCAAAGUCUACGGCGGCCUCUAUUUCUGGAGCAUCAUUGUCACAUCGAGCUUAGGCAUCGUUCCGGAUGCGAUCGGCCUCCUCCUCAAGUAUUUCGAAUUGGCGCCGAUUGGCGUCUCUGCAACUCUCUCGACAUUCGGAUGGUUCGUCAUGGUCACCGGGCAGUCUCUGGUCUUAUAUUCCCGGCUGAAUCUGGUUGUCGGAAGCGAAAGGGUCGUCCGCUUCGUGCUCUACAUGAUUAUCAUCGAUGCGGUCAUCUUGGCGACUCCGCAGAUUGUCGUCACGUACGGCGCGAUUUACUCGGACAACCCGCGGUUUGUUCAGGUGUUCAAAAUCUGGGAAAACCUGCAGUUGACGGCGUUCUUUGUCCAGGAGGUGAUCAUCUCCAGCAUAUUCAUCGUCGAGACGGUGAGGAUACUCCGGCUGUAUCCGACGCGCAGUAAGCGGAGGACGAAUAUUAUGUACCAGCUCCUGUGUAUCAAUGUGAUCAUCAUCAUGAUGGAUGUUUCUUUGCUGGUGCUGGAGUACCAGAAUCUGUUCAUUCUUCAGACUGCUCUCAAGACGUUCUUCUAUUCGGUCAAGCUGAAGUUGGAGAUUGCUGUUCUCUCGAAAUUGGUGUCUUUGGUGGAUUUUCACGCCAGUGAUGCUCUGACCAGUGAGAUAAAUCCUUGA